AUUUAAGAAAGAAUAUAUUAGCGGAUUGAAAGGGAAAGACAUGCAUUAUAAUGUUAUUAGUAAGCACUAGGCAGGGUAAUCACCCAAGGAAAACUUUAAGCUCUUCAAAGUAUCAUUGUUUAAGUAUGUUAGAAUGAUAUAAAGGGAGUAAUGUGGUUUUUGUAGGCCAAAAAAUACCCAAAAAAAAAAUAUAGGGGUAAAUUGAAUGGUCCAGAUUUCACAGAGCCCCAGAAAUCUGGAGUACUCAAAAUCUUAACCAUCGUUAUAAAUAUGGUAAAAUCAAUGCUAUGAAUAUGUAAAUAACAAAAACUAAAAUAGGGAUAUUAAAAGUAAGUAAAAAAACUUUGUAUGAAGUCCAACCCCACGUCCCCCUCCACGUCUCUCGCCCUUCCAACUCAUGUACGGUGCUUAACCAAUUCUCCAUUAAUAACCUACUCUUCCUAAAGCUUUCCCUCCAUUAAUUAGAAACUAACUUCAAACCCAAAAAAGCCUCUCUCUGAAAUUUUAAUUUUGUUCUCUGGUUUGAUUGCCUUUGGAGAGGGCAAUGGGUACCUCUGGAAGAGCAUUCACGGCUGCCAUUGUAGUGGCUUGGCUUGCUUUGUUUCAAGGACUCCUGGUGGCUGUUAAUGGUCAUUUUGAUUACAAGGACGCCCUUACCAAGUCCAUCAUUUUCUUAGAGGCACAAAGAUCUGGUAAACUCCCUCCCAAUCAUAGGCCCAAAUGGAGAGGAGAUUCCGCCCUCGAUGAUGGAAAACUUGCAAAUGUGGACCUUGUUGGGGGAUACUAUGAUGCAGGAGAUAAUGUCAAGUAUGGACUACCAAUGGCUUUCACAGUUACAACUCUAGCAUGGUCUGCACUCUUUUAUCAUAACGAGCUACAAGCAGCAGGGGAGCUUGAAAAUGUUCAUGCCGGAAUUAGAUGGGGUACAGAUUACUUUCUGAAAUGCAGUUCUAGGAAAAACAGAUUGUAUGUAGAGGUGGGAGACCCAGCUCUGGAUCAUCAAUGUUGGGUAAGACCAGAAAACAUGCAGACACCAAGAACUGUUAAGCAGAUUGAUGAGAAUACUCCUGGUACUGAAAUUGCAGCAGAAACUUCAGCUGCAAUGGCUGCUUCUUCCAUCGUCUUUAGAGGCGUCGAUCGCGCUUAUUCUCGUCGUCUUCUCAAUAAAGCCAAACUACUUUUCCAAUUCGCCAAGGCGCAUAAGGGAACUUAUGAUGGAGAAUGCCCAUUCUACUGCUCCUACUCUGGCUACAAUGACGAAUUACUGUGGGCAGCGACAUGGCUAUACUACGCAACGAGGAGGCCUGUCUAUAUGAAGUACAUUCUUGAAGAAUCUAUUAGUGCUAAUGUGGCUGAGUUUAGCUGGGACCUUAAAUAUGCUGGAGUACAAGUACUUCUGUCUAAGCUCAACUUUGAAGGACAGGAGAAUUUACAGACUUUCAAGACCCAAGCUGAAAGCUAUUUCUGCUCAGUUCAUCCUGAUAGCCCUUACCACCAAAUUCACGUCACCCAAGGUGGUAUGGUUCACUUUAGAGAUGGAGCCAACACUCAAUAUGUUACAAGCACAGCAUUUUUGUUCACAGUCUAUAGUGAUUUGCUUGCCAAACACAACCAAAAGCUCACUUGUGGAAACAAAGAAUUCCACUCAACCCACCUCUUUGGCUUUGCUAGGCAACAGAUUGACUACUGAUUGGGAGCAAACCCAGAAGGGAGAUCCUACAUGGUGGGGUUUGGGAAGAAUCCACCAACACAAGCGCACCACAGAGGAGCUUCAGUCCCAGUACUAGCACCUGAUACAGUGGUAAACUGCGGCAUGAGCUUCACCCAGUGGUUCAGAAAGAAUGAACCAAACCCUAAUGAACUUACUGGUGCUAUACUUGGUGGACCUGACAAAAAUGACAACUUCAACGACCAGCGCUGGGACUCACCAAAAACCGAGCCUUGCACAUAUGUUAACUCCAUUGCUGUUGGUCCCCUAGCUAAGCUUGCAACAUCACACACUGCUGCCUAGCUAAUUUUAUUUUUAAUUUUUAUUAAACCCCAUCAAUGUCAAUCUCUUGUUUCUUGAUUAA